AGGAUGGCACAUGGGAUUCCUUCUCAAGGCAAGGUUACCAUAACGGUGGAUGAGUACAGCUCCAACCCCACCCAGGCAUUCACGCACUACAACAUCAACCAGAGCAGAUUCCAGCCGCCACAUGUACAUAUGGUCGACCCCAUCCCAUAUGACACUCCAAAACCAACGGGCCACACGCGGUUUGUCUGCAUCUCAGACACACACUCCAGAACAGAUGGUAUCCAGAUGCCUUAUGGGGACAUCCUUCUCCACACAGGCGAUUUCACCGAGCUGGGACUGCCCUCAGAGGUUAAGAAGUUUAAUGACUGGUUAGGAAACCUGCCAUAUGAAUAUAAAAUAGUGAUUGCUGGGAAUCAUGAACUGACAUUUGAUAAGGAAUUCAUGGCAGACCUUGUUAAACAGGACUACUACCGUUUCCCCUCUGUGUCCAAAUUGAAACCAGAGGACUUUGACAACGUUCAGUCCCUCCUGACAAACAGUAUUUACUUACAAGACUCGGAGGUAACAGUGAAGGGAUUCAGGAUAUACGGUGCACCUUGGACCCCGUGGUUUAAUGGCUGGGGCUUUAACCUGCCCAGAGGUCAGUCUCUGCUGGACAAGUGGAACCUUAUCCCCGAGGGUGUCGACAUACUCAUGACACACGGACCUCCUCUCGGUUUUCGAGACUGGGUUCCAAAGGAGCUUCAGAGAGUGGGCUGCGUGGAGCUUUUAAACACAGUCCAGAGGCGAGUCCGGCCCAAACUCCAUGUGUUUGGUGGAAUCCAUGAAGGUUACGGCAUUAUGACCGACGGUUACACAACGUACAUCAAUGCCUCAACGUGUACAGUCAGCUUUCAACCGACCAACCCUCCAAUUAUAUUCGACCUUCCAAACCCACAGGGUUCCUGA